AUGUGCAUCGUCAUAGCCACCACCGCCCACCCAGCCUACGCCCUCAUACUCCUCGACAACCGCGACGAGUUCAUCACGCGCCCAACCUCGCGCCCGCACUGGUGGACCUCGCACCACCAACACAUCCUCUCCUCGCGUGACCUGCAACGCGCCGAGCAAGGCACCUGGCUCGGCAUCACCCGGACCGGCAACCUUGCCGUGCUGACCAACUACCGCGAAACAGACACCAGCGAUGCCCAGCACCCCGUCGUAGGGGCGCGCAGCAGAGGCGGCAUGGUGACGGCCUGGUUGACGGCCGCGGUGGACGAGAGCACCGACGCCUUUGUGCGUCGCCUGAUGGCGGGGGAUGGCGUGAAGGGCGUCGGCGGCUUCUCCCUGCUGUGUGGGAAGUUGCGGAAGCGCAGAAGGGGUCGGGAGGGCGAGAGCGAGCGCGAGAGCGAGAGCGAGAAGGAAAUGGAAAAGGAGCUGGAGCCGCUGGCUAUCGUCUCCAAUCGCUGCGAGGACCCCGAAAACGUGCCUUGGUUCGCGGAGAGGCGGGGGGGAGUCUACGCUCUCAGCAACAACUCCUACGACGACCCUGACGUCUGGCCGAAAGUCAAGAUGGGGAGGGAGAAGGUGAUUCAGGCCGUGGAUGCGCUGCUCGAGAGCGGGGGAGGGGAGGAAGAGUUGGUGGAGAGGCUGUGGGAGGUGCUGGACGCAGAUACGCUGCCGCCGCAGAAGGAGGGGGAAACGUUCGAAGAUUACAUCUUUGAGUUGCGGAAGUCGAUAUUCAUCCAUCCGAUUGGGUCGGCUGCGACGCCUCCGCUUCUGAAGCCGGAUGUCGUUGCAGCGGCGGAUCCCAGCAUUGCCAACGGCCCAUCGCUAGCGAAAGGAGACUUGGAGUUGAAAGAUGAGGAGCGCCCGGAUCCUGUUACUGCGGCUCCCAUGACCGGGAUCUACGGAACACAGAGACAGACUAUUAUUCUGGUCGACUGGGAGGGUAAAGUCACGUUUCGAGAGAGGAGUCUUUGGGACUCGGAGGGGAAUCCGGUGAAGAGGGGAGAGGGAGAUAUGAAAUUCGAGUUCCAGAUUGAGGGGUGGAAUGGGGAUACCAUACCAACCCCGCUCGCUGUGCGGGGAUUUCUCGAUCUCCACCAACCCAGCACGGGAGUCGAAAUGGAGCGCACUAGCUUGGAGCCACCGGGCUCGCGCCGCCAUCCCCCCAGCGAACCCUCUCCUCCGCCGCCGCCCAAGCACCGCGCACAAUCUCUCCCUUCGCGCAAUACGGACCCGAGCCCUCGAACUCGGCAGUCAACGCCGACCCUCGGCCCCGCCCUCGAUCCCGACCUCGAUCCCAGCCGCCCCAGCCUCGAAAGGAGCGUGCCCCGACCUCUGCGAAGCUCAAGAACGCGGAGACGCAUCUCCUCUCUCUCAACCCUGCAAGCCCAAUCCCCCUCCGUCGCGGCGUCGCGCCACACACGCAGCUUCUCGUCCGCGCCCGCCACCGGCCCCGGCCCAGCGCCCCCCACCCACGCACCACCGCGGUCUACGCGGCGGGCAACCUCGACCUCGACCUCGACCUCAAUCCUCUUCUCUCGGCCUCCGCUCUCGGCCAUGCGGCUCACGCGUCGAAGCGCUUCCUCGCACGACUGUGUCUUUGUGCCGAAUAGGGUACCGGAGCCUGACAGGCGGGUCGCGAAUCUCGCGCUUCUCGAUGCGAAGCUAGCUGCGACCGUGCCCGGUGAUGGGAAGGAGAUGGCCGAGCCUAAGGCUCCGGCUCUUUCGCUGUUGAAGGAGAAGCCCUUGCCGACCGAGAAGCCGCUGCCGCCUCUCCCGGUUGGUCUAGCUAAGGAGGAGGAGAAGGAGGAGAAGAAGGAGGAGGAGAAGGAGGAGGAGAAGGAGGAGGAGAAGGAGGAGGAGGAAGGGGAUAAAAAGGGGAAGGAGGGGGAGUGGAAAGCCGAGGAUGGAGGUAGCGAUGGGGACGGGGACUGGAACGGGUCACUGGCCGCCAGUAGCGAGUCCGACGAGGAGGUCUUCUUCGGCGUAGCUACCGCCGUGAGCGUCACCCGCGGUCGGGCCAAGCUGGUCGAUAUCCCACCUCGGACGGCAGGGCGCGGAUGUUAG